AUGGAUGAUGUAAUUGUCGCCGGGGAUGAAACAACGCAUGAUGAACAAUUGACAAAAUUCUUGGAGAGAGCAUCGACACAAGGAUUAAAGCUCAAUCGAGAAAAAUGUAAGAUUCGCCAAAGAGAAGUGCCUUAUGUAGGGCAUCUCCUCACAGCGGAAGGUUUGAAGAUGGACUCUCGGAAAGUUGAAGCUAUUCGAGAAAUGCCAACGCCAAAUAGCAAAGAAGACGUCAAACGAUUUAUUGGAUUUGUGCAAUUCCUAAGUCGGUAUAUUCCUGGAUUAUCCAAGGUAGACGCACCGUUGAGAGGGCUUGAGAAAGCCGAU